AUGGCGGGACUUCUAGCUUGGGCUGCUGACGUCGUCGGUAAAAACGGAAAAGACGGAUGCGACGAGGAGGAGGAUCAGAUCCCACUGGUUGUCACGGAGGAGCAGCAGAGAUACGUCGACGAGCUCGGCCGAAAAGCGACAACGCUCAGCCGUUCGAUCCAAGAUCUACGGCUCAGAUUGCCUCCGCCGGAUAUCUCCCAGCGUCUACCUCACCUCCUCGCUCACUCCCUCGCCUCCAACGCCGCUCUCGCUCUCCAGCUCGAUUCGCAUUCCGCUACUCGUGAACAGGCUCAAGUGAGAGAGCAGACGCUGUUAGAAGAAAACAGUGCGUAUGAGAAUGCUAUAUCAAUCUGUGAGGCGAGGAUAGAAGAGAGAACGCACGAAGCAGAUUCACUUCUUAGGAAGUUGAAGGUGUGUAAAGCUGAACUAGAUGAUUAG